AUGACACUGGAAGCUGUUCAGCCUAUAGAUGACUCUGUGAAGGACCCAUCUAAAGUACAACUAUGGCGGUUAACAUGCAAGGUGCAGGGCAUCUCCCAGCACCCUGUGAGUAGCUCUGCUGGCUUCCGUGGCACUGUGGUCACAGCCUGUGUGCGAACUUUGGCCCUUGCUUUGCUAGCAGCUGGACACAUUGAACAAGAUAAAAAAGAAUACAGUCUAAAAAAAAUAGACAUAGAAAUAAGACAAAGGAGUAACAGAAACAACAAGCAUGGAUUUGAUCAUGUGUCUGAGUUCAUCCAGACCAUAUGGAAGCUGUGCAAUUUAAGCAGGCAGCUGAGAGAUGAAAUGGUAGUCAUUUUAGAAGUUUUGUUUGAGUGUAUGAAAUCGGUGGAGUCGUGCUUGGAGCAGCACAUCCCGCCCGAGGACCUGGCCGAGGUGAAACGGAUCCUCUACGGGGGGGAGACCAGAAAACUUAAUUUGCCAGCUGCUGCUCUAUCAGCAGCUCAGGAAAGAGAGUUUGAGCUGCAGGGCUAUGGAUUUGACGCUGCUCCAGAGCAAUUGAGAAGGCCACGUAUUGUUCGAGUAGGACUGGUGCAAAACAAAAUUCCACUUCCCACAGACACAGCCGUGGCAGUCCAGGUGGCUGCACUGCACAGACGGAUUGAGGAGAUUGUGGAAGUAGCUGCAAUAUGUGGGGUCAACAUAGUUUGUUUCCAGGAGGCUUGGACCAUGCCCUUUGCUUUUUGUACAAGAGAGAAGCUUCCUUGGACUGAAUUUGCUGAGUCAGCAGAGGAUGGGCCAACAACAAAAUUCUGUCAAGAGCUUGCAAAGAAAUACAAUAUGGUUGUGAUAUCCCCAAUCCUGGAGCGAGAUGAAAUACACGGGAGAACUUUGUGGAAUGCUGCAGUGGUCAUUUCUAAUUCUGGAGCUGUCCUUGGCAAAAGUAGGAAAAAUCACAUUCCAAGGGUUGGAGAUUUCAAUGAGUCGACUUACUAUAUGGAAGGAAAUACAGGACACCCAGUGUUUCAGACACAGUUUGGAACAAUUGCUGUGAAUAUCUGCUAUGGGCGCCAUCACCCUCUGAACUGGCUCAUGUAUAGUAUGAGUGGAGCAGAGAUCAUCUUUAACCCUUCAGCCACUAUUGGAACACUCAGCGAGUCACUGUGGCCAAUUGAAGCAAGAAAUGCUGCCAUAGCUAAUCACUGCUUUACAUGUCCUAUCAACAGAGUAGGAACGGAAUACUACAAAAAUGCUUUUACUUCUGGAGAUGGUGGAAAAGCACACCAUGAUUUGGGCCAUUUUUACGGCUCAAGUUACGUAGCUGCACCAGAUGGCAGUAGGACCCCAGGACUCUCUCGCACUCAGGAUGGACUUCUGGUGGUGGAGAUGGAUCUGAAUCUUUGCAGGCAAGUCAGUGACAAAUGGAAUUUUAAGAUGACUGGUAGAUAUGAAAUGUAUGCAGACAAGCUCACUGAAGCAGUCCAGCCUUAUUUUAUACCCAAUAUAAUCAAAGAGUAAGAGAGAGCAUCUAAUUACAAUCAAAUGUUACAUAAGAAAUUAAAAGGUACUGUUGGGUGAUAGCUUUACUGUGGAUCACAAGUUGUUAUUAAUGUUGUCAUUUUAAUUUCCUGUAACCAACUUUUAAAUAAUAGGAUUCAAAACUGUGUUAAGUAAAAUAAUU